UUCAGCUGGGACGGCAGGCAGACAAAGACUGGUGCUGAAUCAGCCAAUCACGUGCGACCUCAUCCUGAGAGAAAUCCAGCGGGGAAAAAUCGUUUGGUAGGAGUUAUAGCAGCCAGCCUUUGAUAAGGUCGGAACGGGCCCGUAUUUUGCAGUUCAGACAUGUAUGUACCAAACGUCACCUACAAUCUUUCAUUCCCUCGCGACAAAAAGCAGUGUGGCUGUACAUCAAUUUACAUCACCUCUUUACCACCUCAAGCCAUGUCGAUAUGUAAAUGAGGUAACAUCAUAUACUGGUGGUACAAAAGGCGCUGGAAGCAGAGGUAACCUCUAUCAACCUCUGUGAUUUUCUGUGGGCGGCUUAGCGAGGAGGCGGUGACUGAGGCAUGCUUCUCCGAGGCAUGGAGGCAAAGCGUUCGGUGCGCUUCGGCAAGACAAUUAUUCUGCUGUACAUUUUAUCUGCGGCCUCUAAAACAGAAGCCCUGAAGACGAACCUGACGAUCAUGGGGUUCUUCCCGAACUCGGAAGCUGCUUUUGGCGGGGAGGCAGGGAGCGGUUUACCGGCGGCGGUGGAGCUUGCUCUGCAGGACAUCAACGAAAACAACAACGUUCUGGCCGACUACAACUUGGUGAUGCUUUGGAACGGAACAAAGUGUGAUCCUGCCAUCGGGACCAAGGUGUUCUUUGACGCCAUGUACCAGCUCCCACCCAAACUGAUGCUGUACGGAGGCACGUGCUCCAGUGUGACGUCACUCAUUAGCAUGUCUGCACCUUACUGGGACCUGACACAGCUGUCUUAUGAUGUAACGUCGCCAGAGUUCUCCGACAGAGAAAAGUACCCGACGUUCUUUCGGACGGUGCCCUCUGACCUGGACUUUAACCCCGCCAGAGUGAGGCUGCUCAGGCACUUCAACUGGACACGUGUGGCGACACUGUACCAAGAUGAGACCAAUUUGGCAAUAGUUCACAGCCAACUAGAAAGCUCCCUUGUGAAGGCUGGGAUGAACUUUACAGCACAAGGGUUUGUGGACGCAGAAUCCGUACGGCGGCGUAUGAAACAAAUUAAGGAAUCUGACGCUAGAAUCAUUUUGGGUCUCUUCGAUGAAAGGAUGGCAAGACAUGUCUUCUGUGAGGCUUACAAACUGAACCUGUACGGAAAGCGGUACGCCUGGAUACUUAACGGCCCGUACAGCAGCAGGUGGUGGAACAGAACUGCGGACUGCACCCGGGACCAGAUGCGGAAGGCUGUGGAGGGGGCGCUGAUUUCGAACUUCCUGGAACGUAGUACGAGUAACCACAGGACCAUUUCCGGGAAGACGCCAGCAGAAUACGAACGGCAGUACCACCAGCGAGUGUCAGGCAAAAGGACCAACCCUUUCCACGGGUACGCCUAUGAUGGCGUGUGGGUGAUCGCUCUGGCUCUAGACAAGGUUUUGAGACAGUUACAACAGGAAGGAAACGUGCCACGCGUUAAACUGACCUACGAGAGACAAGAAGACAUGAAGGUUUUCAUGUUUGACGCAGUUAAGGAGACGGACUUUCAAGGAGUAACGGGAAAAGUACGAUUCAAAGACGGUGAUAGACUUGGAACAAUCCUGUAUGAGCAGAUUCAAGAAGGUUCAGAGGUUCGAGUGGGAGAAUACUUUGCAGAAAAUGACUCCAUUGCUCUUCACAGUGUGCAAUGGCAAGGUGAUAACCCACCACGUGAUAAGACCCUGCGUGUGGAAGAGCUAAGAAGAGUACCACUGGCCCUGUACAUCAUGAUCAGUGUCAUGGCAAUGUUGGGAAUCUUCAUGGCUAUCGUAUUCCUUUUCUUCAACAUCAAGUACAGGAAUCAAAGGUUUGUUAAGAUGUCCAGUCCAUAUCUGAACACUCUCAUCAUAGUGGGCUGUAUCUUCAUCUACCUGUUUGUGUGUCUGCUUGGUCUGGACGGCGCGCUGAUCUCAGAGACUACAUUUGAAGGACUAUGUACGGUGCGCACUUGGAUGCUGACCGUGGGCUUCACCCUUGCGUUUGGGGCCAUGUUCAGUAAGACCUGGAGAGUCCACGUCAUCUUCACCAACACCAAGAUGAAGAAAAUGGCCAUCAAGGAUGUGAAACUGUUCGGCAUCGUGGCCGUGCUUCUCCUGAUGGACAUCGUGAUUCUCACUACGUGGCAGGUCGUUGACCCCCUACAGAGAGGCCUGCAAACGUUUCCCGCAGAGCCUGGAAGGGAAGUUACCGUUGUGCCAGUGUUGGAGCAUUGUGACAGCAACAACUUCACCCUAUGGCUGGCUGUGAUCUUUGUUUACAAGGGACUUCUACUGAUAUUUAGAUGUUUCCUGGCCUGGGAGACACGCCACGUGAACAUCCCGGCUCUGAACGACAGCAAGUACAUCGGCAUGAGCGUGUACAAUGUCGUCAUCAUGUGCGUCAUCGGAGCCGGGAUCUCAUUCGUCAUCAAGGAUCGCCAGAACGAGGCUUUCGUGCUGACGUCACUCUUCAUCAUCCUCUGUACUACCAUCACUCUGUGCUUGGUGUUUGUGCCUAAGCUAGUGACCAUGAGAAACAUGGCGGCCGAGGAGCGGACCAAGUUCAAGUGCAUGCUGACCAGACGCUCGGGGUCAAAGGGCACGGACUCCGACAAACAGAUGUCAGCCGCAGAGAAGACCAGAAGACUCCUCAUCGAGAACUACAAACUCAAGAAAACACUACAAGACAAAACCGAACAGCUGGACUCCUUGAUGAGACAGCUUCAGGUGGAUAGUGACAUUGACGUUGACGCAGAAACUACGUGCAGUUACGUCAGAGACACCUGUCAGGAGUCUCCACGGUCACCGUCAAUGUCAGGAGCUCUGCUCAUAGUCCCGAAACACAAGCCGACCAGCUCCACCUCUUCCUACUCAGCCGACAGCGCAGACGUUUUUGACAUGAAAACGUCCUCUACACAGUCAAGUGUGUCGUUCAACUUGCCGCCAUCUUUGUCCGGAGGCAACCUCGGGAACGAGACCAACCAGAACAUCAAGAUGCACCGGAAGUGCAAUGGAACGAGAGCGGAUUCAGUGGAACAAGAAAAGACAGCUGUGAGGCAAAAGCAAAUCCUUAUCACCAUGGUAACCAACGUAUGAAGAGCUCUGCAAAGCUGUUUUUGUCUCAGAGGGAUUUUCAAUGGUUUGGCUGGAUGAACGAACUUAGACUGUUACCGAAAUUAAAGGGUGACUGCUCAGAAUAUCGUGAAAUAAUGUCACGAAGAUGUUUAGCUGAGACAUUUAAGAUAUGCUGAAUAUUCAGUACGUAAUGUCCGUUUAUAUACAGUGACUUACUGUGCUUCGUUUGUUUGUGAGAGACACUUGUGAGAGUACGCAGUAAGACACGUGCAACAUAUCAAACAACGUAUUUUCUUAAUCUAUCAGUACAUUUUAUUUUUUUCAUCAUAUGUAAAAUAUGAUGGAUGUCUGAUACAAAUAUAUUGCUCUGGUUGUUAUCAAUAGCACAGAAGUCGUGUAAUAUUUGUG